AUUAGGGGACAGCUAAAAGCUCAAGCACAAGCUCUCUUCUAAGAGGGGUUAGAAUUUCAUCAAGUCUGGUCACAUGAGAAUUUCUGGCACCGUGUGCAUGGCAGGCUGGACACAAGCCGGCCAGAAUUGAGCGAGUGGAUCGUAUUGGCUUCAGCCGAGGGGAAAAGUCACAGACUGGCCUGGGAGAAGGAGCCGACUCACUCACUCCCUUGGCUGCUGGCUGUGGACAGGAGCCGCAGAGCGAGACUGGGGAUCCACCAUCCGAUGCGCCCUUCCUUUUAACUUGAAUGAAGGUGUGUGGUGUCUGGGACCGAAGACAAGAUGCCUAAAGAAUGCAACGCUUUCCACGCCCUCUCUGCAGCCCUGUGCUGCUUCUAUCACCGCAAGUCUUUCCUUGGAGUCAAGUUCUCCAAGGAGAGGCACAUCAUGGACAGGACCCCCGAGAGGCUGAAGAAGGAACUGGAGGAGGAGCUGCUGCUGAGCAGCGAGGACCUGCGGAGCCACGCCUGGUACCACGGCCGGAUCCCCCGGCAGGUAUCUGAAAACCUCGUGCAGCGAGAUGGUGAUUUCCUGGUUCGUGACUCCCUGUCUAGUCCAGGAAACUUUGUCCUGACCUGUCAGUGGAAGAACCUCGCUCAGCACUUUAAGAUCAACCGGACUGUUCUGCGGCUCAGUGAGGCCUACAGCCGUGUGCAGUACCAGUUCGAGAUGGAGAGCUUUGACUCCAUCCCCGGUUUGGUGCGUUGCUACGUGGGCAACCGGCGGCCCAUCUCCCAGCAGAGCGGUGCCAUCAUCUUCCAGCCCAUCAACAGGACAGUGCCCCUCUGGUGUCUGGAGGAGCGUUACGGCACCUCACCCGGCUACGGCCGGGAAGGCAGCUUUGUGGAUGGAAGGCCAGAUAUGGCUAAGAGGCUGAGCCUCACCACGGGUAGCAUCCAGGCUCGGGAACACAGCUUGCCGCGGGGAAACCUCCUCAGGAACAGAGAGAAGAGUGGCAGCCAGCCGGCCUGCCUGGAUCAUGUGCAGGACAGGAGGGCCUUAGCCCUCAAAGCCCACCAGUCGGAGACUCACCUGCCGACAGGCUGCAAGCUGCCCCCUCAGUCUUCAGGUAUGGACACGAGCCCUUGCCCCGACUCCCCCGUGUUCAGGACUGGCAGCGAGCCCACUCUGAGUCCGGCGCUGGUACGACGGUUCUCUUCAGACGCCAGGGCAGGGGAGGCGCUGAGGGGAUCAGACAGCCAGCUGUGCCCCAAGCCACCCCCAAAGCCCUGCAAGGUGCCCUUCCUCAAGGUUCCCCCCUCUCCGUCCCCCUGGCUCAACUCAGAGGCCAACUACUGUGAACUGAACCCUCCUUUUUCUGUGGGCUGUGACAGGGGAGCCAAGCUCCCCUCCCAUGCUCACGGCUGCCGUGAGGAGCUGCUGACAGCCAAACUGAAUGGGGCAUCAGGCCCCCGGAACUCCGGUAUCAACUACUUGAUCCUCGAUGGGGAUGACCAAGCGAGACCUUGGGAUCCGCUGGCAGCACAGGCGGAUGAGGGUCAGGAGGACAAGACCACGUUUGUGCCACCUCUCGUGGAAACUGUGUCGUCAUUCCGACCCAAUGACUUCGAGUCCAGGCUCCUUCCUCCAGAGAACAAGCCCCUGGAAACGGCCAUGCUGAAGCAUGCAAAAGAACUGUUCACCAACAACGACGCCAGGGUCAUCGCACAGCACAUGCUGAGCGUGGACUGCAAGGUUGCUAGGAUACUAGAAGUCUCGGAAGACAUGAAGAGGCGCAUGGGUGUGAGCUCAGGACUGGAACUCAUUACCUUGCCUCAUGGACGACAGCUGCGCCUGGACAUUAUAGAAAGACACAACACCAUGGCCAUUGGCAUCGCUGUGGACAUUCUGGGCUGCACAGGCACUUUGGAGAACCGAGCAGGUACCCUCAAUAAGAUCAUCCAGGUGGCUGUGGAACUGAAAGAUGCCAUGGGAGACCUCUAUUCUUUCUCAGCCAUCAUGAAAGCCCUGGAGAUGCCUCAGAUCACAAGGUUAGAAAAGACAUGGACCGCUCUGCGGCACCAUUACACUCAGACAGCCAUCCUCUAUGAAAAGCAGCUGAAGCCCUUCAGCAAAGUCCUGCAUGAAGGCAAAGAGUCCACAAGUGUCUCACCAAGCAGUGUAUCAGUCCCACUGCUGAUGCCUCUUGUGACCUUAAUGGAACGCCAGGCUGUCACUUUUGAAGGAACUGACAUGUGGGAAAAAAAUGAUGAGAGCUGUGAAAUUAUGCUGAACCACUUGGCAACAGCCAGGUUCAUGGCCGAGGCUUCGGAGAGCUACAGAAUGAAUGCUGAGAGGAUCCUGGCAGAUUUUCAACCAGAUGAAGAAAUGAGUGAAAUCUUGAAGACUGAAUUUCAGAUGCGAUUGUUGUGGGGCAGCAAGGGUGCUGAAGUCAACCAGACGGAGAGAUAUGAGAAGUUCAACCAAAUUUUAACUGCGCUCUCACGUAAAUUGGAACCUCCUUCUGGAAAGCAGUCUGAGCUCUGAGAACCACCUAGAGGACCUUGGGGCAUGACCGGAAGCUUCUGUAGUCCUGAUGGGAAUACUCAGCAUCCGAUAAAGUAAUAAUGUGCAAAUCUAACAAGACAAAGCUUUGAAUAUCCACAGGAUAUUAAAUGUGUAAACUGCACAGAGCAUACUUAUUUAUGAAUUGUUUAAAAUUACUACUGAUUUUUAAAUGAAUGGUAAUUUAUUAUUAAGAUAACUAUUGCUAAUGUUGAUCAGCAAAUUUAAGAAGACAUAGCUAUGUUGCUGGUUGUUUAAUGUCAUGGUAUUUGACCAUCUUAGUUUUAAUUUCAUGUCAUAUAAAUGUAAAUAGAGGCAUAUAAAAGAAAAGCAUGAAACAUUGCAGAAGGUAUCAGUUAUAUGAUAUUCUUUGAAUAUGAAACUGUAAAUAGUCAUGAGUGGAAAUAUAUCUUUUUUUGUGAAA